CUUAUUUCUUAUGAAUGCCUAUUUAUCUAAACUACAAAUGAAACAUUCAACUCGAACAUUGUCUCAAAACGAUCUACCAUUUUCAUUUUAUACAUAAUUGAUUUUCGACCCCCCUGACCCAUUUUUCUAGCUCCGCCACUGGUCACAUAGUAUAAUAUGGUGACAAGAAUCAAGAUUUAUUAUUGAGCACAUUAUACUACAAAAAUUACAUGUACGGGCCUUUUUAGUAAGUUCGACUCAGGCCCGAAUUUAGGUAGGAUCGGCACUGGCAGCAAGGAGUGGAGGAGGACCCAGGCCGCCGAAGUUAUACCUCAGGAGUGUGUGUAUUACGAACAAUUGAGCAAAGAAAGUAUGAAACGUAGACUCAGCAAAAAGCAACAUAAAUGACAAUGUUUAGAUUUUUUAAUGGCCAUGAAGACGUUGUUGUCACACCCUUUUUUAUAGCUUUUGAUGCUCAUGUGAACACCUUUGAACGCUUGGAACAGUUGGAAGACCACACGCCUAAGGAGCAUAAAAGAAUCACAUAGCAAGAAUGAAUAAUGAAAUAUAAUAUGGACUAAAUUAGAGCCUGUUUGGUGAGGUUUCUAUGUGGCUGUGGGAUAUGGCUCAAUCUCCAGACACCCCAAGUUUUUUUGAAGCAAAAGCAUCCUCAAAAAUCCAAUUGCCAAAAACUACUUGUUCUAAACAUUUGAUUGAAUAAGCAAAAAGAACCGGAUUCGCAAGAGCUAAAUUGUGCCUUUUGAUCAUAUCAAGACAGGAAAGAAGUGCCAGCAUGGUUAUGGUGGAGGAGGUUAUGAGCAAUGGCAUCCCUAGCAAUCCUUGCACCAGAUGACCUGAUCUGAACCUCCGGUAUUGAGAUUAUUUACUAUUUAGCUCAUACGGAGUAUGAUUUAUAUAUCAUGUGUAAUGUUUCCCUUUUACUAAGCAUGUAAGUGUGGGUGCAUGUAAUGCAUGGCCCAUGCAUUAUUCCUUUCUAUUAUGCAUACAACCUAUUUAUAUGUAGCAUGCAUGCCAUGAAAUAAUACAAGUUACGUAUCAUUCUCCUUACAUGAAGUCUUGCUCUCCCAAUAUCAGCUCCUAUUUUUAUCAUUAGUUUUAUAUGAAAUUUAACAUGGUAUCAGAGCCAAAACCUGGAUAUCCCAAUACUAGUUACUUUUGAGAUAUUUCAUUUUUUUUCUUCUUUCCUCUCAUAUUAACGUGAUGGCAAUGCCGACUCACACUCGUACCUGGAUAAUUGAUUCUGGAGCAAGUGAGCAUAUCACUUGUGAUAGUGUAAACCUUUUCAACAUUUCUACUCGUUCAUCUGAACCAGGAGUAAGAAUUCCUAAUGGGGAAUUAGUUCCAGUCACUGCCGUUGGUAGCUUGUACCUGUCUAAUGGGUUCUAUCUUCGUCGUGUUCUUUAUGUUCCGCAGUUCCAAUGCAACUUGCUCUCCGUCAGUCGCCUCACAAGUGAAUUGAAUUGCACACUCACUUUCUUCUCAGACUUCUGUAUAUUACAGGAUUUACGCUCCAGAAAAUUAAUUGGCAAGGGUGGAUUUCAUAAUGGUCUCUAUUACCUAGAAUCACCUAGGGGUGAAAGGGUGGCGAUGGGAGCUACUCUUAAUUCUGAUUUAUGGCACCGGAGGCUGGGACAUGCCUCGAAUGGAAAAUUACAACACAUUUCAUUUCUCAAAGGUUUACAACAGUGCAAUAGCUUUUGUGAUCCUUGCUUACGAGCUAAACAAACCCGGCUACCCUUCCCGAAAAGUACAAGUAUUGAUGAAGAUUAGAACAUGUUGUCAUGUUCCCCAAUUUCUUGGACAACAAUUCUGUUAAUUAUAAAUUGUUUGUAAUUGGUUUUUCCUGUACAGAAAAAGGAAUAGGAAUUACCUAAAAUUUGGGAAUUAUACAUUUUUUGCUCUGAAUUGGUUUUGUGAGAGUAUAUUAUUUGAAUUUCGGGUUUAGCUGCCAUUUAUAAAAAGGGAAGCAAGAUUUGUAAUAUGUGCACCUUAACUCUACCCAAUCUAAUAAACUCUAUCUAUUUGUGCUCAAUCAUUUUGGUGAAAUUCUAUAUGAUAUGCC